GUUGACUGCUUCAAGUUGCUAUUGAGCCUGUAAGGUCGACAUGAAGAGAUCUGUGUCCAAAGGAGUUAUAUUUUGCCUUGCUGUCACACUUUUGAUCGGUGGAGUUCAGGGAGAAGGUAAGCUCAGUUUCAGAAGGUGGCUUAUAACCGCAGGAUUUCUUCAAUUGAAUUGAUGUCAGUCUUCUCGAUAUUUGCGCGAUACUAAGCGUAAUUGCCUGACAAAUAAUGUUGUACAACGGACUAAACUAAUUCCACACCUGAAUGAUAAAAGGCAAACCUAGUAGCAAGUGAUUUGAGUAAGACCGUGAAGGAGAAGCCAGAAAGCUGACCGAAUGACCGCCAGCCAACCCGAGAAAACCUAACGGACUAUGCCAUUUUCAGUAUGGAUGUGUGGUGAAAGCUUUCAAGUUUAGCUACUUCCAGGCAUGACAGAAAUGGACAUUUCACUUAAAAGUCGUGUCACGCUUUAUUACAAAUGCGCUUUCACGGUCAGUCAAGGUUCUUGCUCCAACCACAACCGGGUAUGGCAUUUCAUAAUUGAAAACAGUCGCAAACUUUCAGGAGAGAAGAAUCCGCAAAAAAGUAGCGUAUAUUCCUUGUUUUCGGUGAAAACAGCGCUCCCAGGCUUUUGACAAUAAUCACUUGAAACUUACCGUGGCUCCAGAGGUCCUUUCUCAACAUACCUAUUUUGAAAUAAACUGUUUUUUUAUCUCGGCGCUUCGCGCCUCAUUGACGUGGCUUCGCCUCCAACCAUCAAUAUCGAUAAGAAAAAAGUAUCCUCUGGACCUUAGGGUACUUGAAACUCGGCUCUUGACUGAUGCACUGUAAUUUAAUGGAAUUGUUGUCGUUGAAAAAGUUUUUAGCGUGUGUACUAUUAAUAUUUGUUUUCCUUAAUACUGUAAGGAUAUGACAUUGUGACUCACCGCUUUCCCGAUAGAUAGCUUUUUUCUAUGUAUUAUUUCCACAUUAUCUCAGGAAGAUUGGCGUAAAACAUUUUUAAAAAAUAUUUUACGUCGUUUUUCCGAAGAUAAAGUGGGUUUUAUUUACCGAGAGCAUACGUUGAUGUAUUUGUUUACUUGCUUUUCAGAGUCUUCUUGCUUUGGCUCAUAUGAACAUGCUUCCAAUAUUCUUUGUGAUCCAAAUUCCUUUUGUUCAUUGAGUGAUUCUGCUAUUUCAUGCUACUGUAAGACUGGCUAUCAAGGAGAUGCUACAAAGUUUGGAACUGGCUGUGUUUCUGAAGGUUUGCAUGUACUCAAUAACUUCAAAAGAAAUGUUAAAGUAAUAUAAUAUAUAGCCCUGUAACAAAUAGCUUGAGAAAAUACAACCCCUGGGUUCCCCCGCGAAAUGUUUUUGCAUUUUCAAUUCGCGUGAUGCAUAACAAAGCAUGAUAUUCAAGUUAAAUCAGGUUAAAGAAAAUGCCAUUUUAUUUUCAUUUUAACUUUGGUGUGAAUGGAGACAUUUUUUUCGUAUUUUUUUUUUAAGAGUAAAAGAGGAUACACGUACUUUUCUCUCACAUUAUUACAGUAAAAAUAUCGUAGGAGAGAAUUCUUGUUUAUUUAUUAACAGAUUCAUUGCAGAGUAAUUUUGAAUGCAGCUUACUUUUGUAGAGAGCUCCCGUGAAAGACUACAGGCUGUUUUGCCUCAAAUAUCGUACAGUGAUAGCAAAUCCAGUUAAAAUUUGAAUCAAUGCAGGCAAAUCACAAUAUUCAGUAGUAUGUUCUUAAAGAAACUACUAAACCUUUUUCUUUUUGUGAUUCUUAUUUGCAGGUUCUAAAAUGCUGGUUGAAAAAAGUAGGUGCAUCAUUCAGUAAUUUGACAUUUAUAUACUAGAAUUUCAGAUAUGGACUUAAUAUGAUAACAUAACUUGACGGCUCUUGUGGCAGUUAUCAUCUUUCUCCACUGUAGACAACUGUGAACUUAAUUCCAUCAUGUAUGUAUACCUCAGAUGAUUUUAUUAAAACUGUUUAUCAAAGUGGAUAUUUAUGUUGGUGCCAACAUGGCGUCCUCAGUGGAGUGAUAUAUAAAUUUUAAACUGCUUCGGAGAUUUUGUUUGUUGCCAUGAGAACUGUUAGAAAAAGGAACUCAAAACAACCCACACAACAUAAAACUUCCAGCAAAUGAAGACCAUUUGUAUCACCAAGCGUGUCAAAGAUUACGUCAAAUGAUUUAGAAAAUGAAACUGCCGUAUUAUAGAAUGAAAUGCCAUAUCUAGUAACACUGCAAGUAUUUAGAUACUGGCUUGUCUUUGUAGACGUUUUAAGGUCGAUUUAGACGGUACGAUAUAUCGUGCGCGACUAACAUGUGUCACGACUUCAGGACAGAUCGUGUCGUGUAAAUUAGACCUACCACAUUCUUACGACACAUUGGGGAUGUCGUAGGUGUAAAUUGUGCGCGUGGGGAUGGUCGAAAGUCAUGAAGUAUGCAAGUCGCCCCCGAUAGUCGUAAGCAAAAAUCGUACCGUCUAAAUCGGCCUUUAGGAAUCUAGUGAUAACAUGUAUAAUUCAAGAGUCAUGAGCAAUAUCUUUACUGACAAGAACCACCAACUCGGACCACACUAAAAAUUCAAAGAACAUACAGUUAACAUGUUAAGGAGUGGUAAGUCUAGUCCUCCCAGAGCUACUGUACAAGGCUUGUAUUUGUACAAGUAUUUCUGACCUAUACAACUUUACACUUUGAGGUAAUUUCGCUCAGAUUGUUGUUUAAUUUUUUACUAGGAGAUGCAGAUCCUGAGCCGUGGGCUCCAGGCAUGUGGACAUCAGCAGGUAAGGUCAGAUGA